UCGAUGCACUAGAGACCGGAAGUGAGCGUGUCCCGCGUGGUUGCGGCGAGAGGAACCCCGAGGAGAGCGCGAGUGUUAUGGGGAGACCCAGCAAAACUAAGAAUCAAAAGAAGGAGCGAGCAGCUUCCCAGCAUCGAUCUCAGGAAGAAUAUGGCUCUGUGCCUCACUCCUUUGUGUUUCAUCGUGGUCGCAUUGGCAAGAAUAUACAGCAACUCAUCCAAGAUGUUCGGCGAGUUAUGGAGCCCUAUUCUGCUACCAGCCUCAAGGUGCGGAAGAAGAAUUCUCUGAAAGAUUUUGUGACAAUAGCUGGACCUCUGGGUGUGACUCAUUUCCUGGUCUUCACAAAAAACCCCACCAGCAUCAACCUUAGACUCCUGCGCCUCCCUGGUGGACCAACACUGACCUUCAGAGUCACUCAGUAUUCACUCAUCAAAGAUGUUGUGUCAUCUCUGAAACGGCAUCGGAUGCAUGAACAGCAGUUUAACCAUCCUCCUCUCCUAGUGCUGAACAACUUUGGCAUUGAGGGCAUGCACAUCAAGGUUAUGGCCACGAUGUUCCAGAACAUGUUUCCCUCCAUCAAUGUUCACAAAGUCAGUUUAAAUACCAUCAAACGCUGUGUCCUGGUCAAUUACAAUCCUGACACCCAGAUAAUGGAAUUCCGUCACUACAGCCUGAAAGUAGUGCCAGUGGGCAUGAGCAAAGGGUUGAAGAAGCUCCUGCAAGAGAAAUUUCCUAACAUGAGCCGCCUGGAUGACAUCAGUGAAUUGUUGGUGAGAGACAUCAAUCUCUCUGAGAGCGAAGCUGAGCAAGAUGGCAGCCACAAUAUCACAGAGCUGCCUCAGGCCUGCGCUGGUCGUGGGAACAUGAAGGCUCAGCAGAGUGCAGUCCGGCUCACCGAGAUUGGCCCUCGCAUGACAUUGCAGCUCAUCAAGGUGGAAGAAGGACUAGGUCAAGGCAAUGUACUCUACCAUAGCUUCAUUCACAAGACGGAAGAAGAGAUCCGAGAAGCCUUGGCCAGAAAAGAAGAAAAACUGAAGCUCAAGGCUCAACGGCGCCAGAAGCAAGAGGCAGAUGUGGCCAACAAAAAAGCACUAAAGCAAGCUCAUCGCAAGAAGAGUCUGGCGGGGAUGAAGAGGAAGACGGACCAAGCGGUAGGGGGAGACAGUGAUGCCGAGGACCCUGGAAUGCAGGAGCAGCAAAAUGUAGAUGAGCCCUCCGAUGAUGAUGUGGAAUACUACCGCCAGGAAGUUGGGGAGGAGCCGGAUGAAGACUUGUUCCCACAAAGCACAAAGAGGAGACGAAGGCUCAGCCAAUCCACCACGCCCAAGAAAAAGUGCAAAUACAUGCGUUCGGUGCAAGAUCAGAGUCAAGAGCGUACGGGGGGCAAAACCACAAUGAAGCACAAGAAGGCUUCACAGCCUGGUAGGCAACCGAGGCAGCCACAAAGAGGCACUUCUCAACACUGCCAGGGAAAGCUGAGCCAGCAGCAGCAGAGAAAUACAAGGCAGCACAGGAAGCCACAGAACCUACAGCGGAAGCAACAACCCCAGGCUGCAGGACAGCCCAGAGGCAAAAGACAGGCUGGCUUUAGGCCUCCGGGAUCACGAUGGCAAGGAAAAUCUAGACUGGGGCAGAAGCAGGCCUUCAAAGGAAAAAGCACCUUCCGAAAAGCAAGGCAUUCAAAAAAGCAGAAGUCAGCAUAAUGUCCUGAACCUCUUGCGUAGUCUUUGUGAUGUACUGGCUGUUUUAUAAAACAUAUAUUGACUUCCA